AUGGCCGACAUGCUCCGCUACCUGUACGCGUACCCUGACGAGCAACACCUCCAGCACUUCUACCCGCCGUCGCCGCCCAACUCGGUCAACUCGGUGGAGACGCCGCGGCCCAAGAUGGUGCUGGACACCUUUUCCGACGGUUGCCACACGCCCAGUCCGGCCAGCUACCGCUCCGUCAGCCCCCUCAGCGAGGACUUCGAACUGUCGAAAAAGGUGCAGUACACGCCCCUGCUGCCCCCGAUGUCCACCCUGAAGGACCCCAGGGUCCACAAUCCGCAACCCGCCGUGAUGAUGGAGCAGCCGCGCGUUUUCAGCCAAGAGCUGCCCAUCGGCGAAGACGAGGACGACCUGGAGGACUUUGACGACGAGGACGACCUGGAGGACGACGACAAGUCCUCGUCCUCCAAGGGUAAGCGCCGCUCCUCCAAAGCCGUCAGUCCGGUGGUGAUGAAGAAGCGCAGGUUGGCCGCCAACGCCCGCGAACGGCGCCGAAUGCUGAACUUGAACAACGCGUUCGACCGACUCCGGACGGUCCUGCCGUCGCUGGGCAACGACCGGCAACUCUCCAAGUACGAGACCCUGCAGAUGGCCCAGAGCUACAUCAACGCCCUGUACGAUUUGACUCAGUGAGUGACCGAUUCUCAAAAACAGACUGAACUAAUUGCUCUUUUAUUUAUUUGUAUACGUCGAGUGAUAUAUAAGAUUAAUUCGAUAAGUUUUGAUAGAAAAUGUAAUUUUGUAUGAGAGUGAUUUGAAUGAGUGGUUUUGCCUGAAUGAUCAAAUGCUGCUGCUGUGCGUUUGGCAAUAAACUUGAUGUAUGUUGUAUAAUAAUGUGCCAUAAAUAAGUCAAAAGUGAUGUAAAUAAAAAUUGUACAAUUUUUAUAAUGUAUGUAAAAUGAUACUCAGAGAUUUUAAGUCCUUGCUCAGUGCU